UUGGAUUGCAGGGGCCGAGCAAACGGUCUGCCCCCAAAGCUUGGCCCAGAACUGAGCGUCGCUGCAGGGCUGAGCCCAGCUCCCAGCCUUUAGGGUUUGGCGUGGGUGUGCUCACCGCGCACUUACCCACCUUCUCCCCAGAUCCAAGCUCUGGGCUUGUCUCGGCUGUCUGACACGUGAGGAAUUAGGUUUCCCUUGGCCGCUUUGUACAAGCUCAGCCGCUGCUCCACACGCCAUCCAGCCGGUUGGGUGCUGUGCUUCAAUACCGUCACGCAAGGUAUGGAGGAGGCUGAGAUGGCUGAUUUGUUUUUGUCUGCAACAUGGACAUCCUUCCCAGCCCAGCUCUGCUCAUCUCCACCAUGGCUCUGUUCCCAGUCCAGGUUUAUCCUGCAGGGAGCACCCAGCCACGGAAAGCAAACCCAAAAAUUGCCUUCUGUCCCACCUUGGCUCAGUGAAGGAGGGUGACAGCAGAAGGACUUCUCUCUGCUCUCUCAUGCAAUAUUAAGCAGGGCACCGGGACUGAGACUGUCAGUAUCAAGCGCUGACCAAAGUGUCUCAUUUUCACUCAAAGUGCACCGAACAUCUGUCAUGGGGAUUAGCCAACCCCUGAGAAACACGUUGUCACCCAGCCUGUCCCUCCUUGCAGGGUCAUCCAGAGCAUGCGUGAUCCUUCAGGCUACUUCGGACCCAGUUGUGGCAAUCCAGCUUGGCUUUGCGAGUCACAGCUCAAUCCCCUGCCCAGCGGGAGAUGGGGAGUGGGUUUGGGGGCGCAGCAGAAGUGAGAAGACAGUUAUACAUGUGAAAAGCUAUUGCCAAGAAUGUAAGGCAAUGACUGGAUACGAAACUCCGUUUUUUGGACCCUCUUACAAAACGAGAGCUGCUUUUCUGCCCCAGAUGGACCUGAAGGACUUACGCUGUCAGAUGUGAUGGCUGCGGAGAUGAAGGAUGACAUCUGGAAGCAGCCAGCUGUAGGGGUCACCUGUGAGCUGCCAGCCUGGUCUGCAGGGACCGGUCACGGCAGUCACCGUCUGGGGCAGCAUUUGUUCUCCAGCCCUCCUGCACUCUUCUCCUGCAUGGUCUGGGAAAGCAGGGACUGCUCUUCAGCAGCACCAGCAGCUCCAGGGUUUGGGAUGCUGUGACCAAUUUGCUGCAGAAGUCAGCUUCUUAGGGCAGAAGGUGAAGCGCAUUUCUGGUCUCGGCACCUCCCCUGCCUGUGCAUCUCAGCCGAUCCUUGCUUGGGCAGUGGUGGGCUGGGCAUGGUUCCCCUCCCAGCUCCUUUGCUUGGUUUGGAAAGCAGGGGGGAAGCUGCAUCUCUGCCAGCUGAUGCCAAGCUUGGGUAGGAUACUGCAAGCUUCGGGGUGGAUUUGUGGCCAUGGGGAAUGCCGAGGCUCAUUGCAGGCUGGAGAAGGCUGCGAGCCGGCCUGCGGUGAUCUGCCCCCCGCUAGACAGAGCAAUGGUGGGGAACUGGGCUGAGCAGCCCGACGCACCUCCCAGAGCACAGGCAGCUCGGGGUAGAGGGGUCAGUGCCGCUGCCCUGGUGGGAUGCCGAGGAGGUUUGACAGAUGUAUUACGGAAACUGCAAUGUGCUACCUGGGGAAGCAGUUACGUACUGCGGAGAAGCGGGCGCUUUCCACUUACCACCAGCAGGAACGAGUCUGUCCUUGGCCCAACAGCUGGGGCUAUCACCACUGCCUUUCACUGGUGACGCUUCCCAGUACAGCAAGAUUUAGAAUUACCGACUCUUGCAGCCAUUGGGGAGAGAAGAUGAGUGAUGGGAGAGCCCCCCGCAGGGCCUGUACCAUGGCAGCAGCUCCCAGGAAGCCCCCAGCUGGUCCCACUCCUCCUGCCUUCCCCCUCCAGGAAAUUCCUGCUCAGUUUUGGCUCCUGUUUUCCUCCUCCUGCAGCCCGACACUGACAUUAUCCCACUGAGGGCUCCUCACUUCCACUCAGGAGACAACAAAACCACGUGGAUUUUAGCCCAUGUAAACAAUACCAGAAUCUGGCUGAUGUUCCCAGACCCAGCAGAAGCGAUGCUCACCCUACGCCAACACCCCGCAGAUGUGCAGAGAAAUGGGAAGGCUCAGGUCAUCGCAAGAAGGUUUGGCUGGUUGAGGUUGUACCUUUGAGUCCUGCACCCAUGGAGCAGCCAGUGCCUAAAGAAGCCUGAGAAAUAAAUAAGAGAAGGAAGCCCUGCUGAGGGUGGUUGGAAAAGCCCAUAUAACCACCCGAACCUGAGCGGGGCUUUGAAGAUGAAGCAUCAUGGAGGCUUAUGCUGAUUUUCCAAAGCAUCUGAAGGGUAGGAUUGGAAGGACAAAGUCUGCUGGCAGCCCCAGACGCACCCAGAAUCGAGUGACCAGGAGGCAGGAACCAAAGGAGACAGGGACAAAGGCUGCAACACAGGAGAGGCGUGAGGGCUCACCGGCAGGAUGCCGCUGGUGAAGAGGAAUAUCGAGCCCCGGCACCUGUGCCGGGGGGCUCUUCCUGAGGGGGUGACGAGUGAGCUGGAGUGUGUCACCAACAGCACGUUGGCUGCCAUCAUCAAGCAGCUGGGCAGCCUCAGCAGGCACGCGGAGGACAUCUUUGGCGAGCUGUUCAACGAAGCCAACAGUUUCUACAUGCGGAUGAACUCGCUGCAGGAGAGGGUGGACCUGCUGGUCAUCAAGGUUACACAGCUGGACUCCACCGUGGAGGAAGUUUCGCUGCAGGACAUCAACAUGCGGAAAGCCUUCAAGAGCUCCACGGUGCAGAACCAGCAGGUUGUGUCUCGCAACUCCAUCCCCAACCCAGUGAUGGAGAUGUACCAGCGCUGCGACAAGCCCCCGCCGCUCAACAUCCUCACGCCCUACAGGGACGACAAAAAGGACGGCCUCAAAUUCUACACCGACCCCUCCUACUUCUUCAACUUAUGGAAGGAGAAAAUGUUGCAGGCAACAGAAGAUAAGAGAAAGGAGAAGCGCAGGCAGAAGGAGCAGCGGCUGGUGGAGGAUUCCACCCGGGAGGUGAAGAAAGUGAGGAAAGCCCGCAACCGGCGCCUGGAGUGGAACAUGAUGGCGUAUGAUAAAGAGUUCCGACCCGAUAACAGGUUCUCACCAUCCCCCUAUCACAUGGCGUCAUCGGAAGGAUCACUGUCCCCAGAUAAUAGAUCUUAUGCGUCGGAUGCAGCCGACCACUCGUACCCAGCGAGCCCCAACCACCCGGCGCAGCUGCUGGCCCCGGCGUCCCACCUGGCCCCGGCAGAGCACAAGGAGGGGGUGCUGGCAGCUGCCCCCCAACAGGAGCACGUCUACCGCCCGGCGCCGGCAGCGGGCAGCCGGCAGAACAGCCUCAACCGCCUCCAGCAGCCCCACGUGCCGCAGCCCCCCGAGGCCAUCCUCAACGGGCCGAGACCUCACGUAGUCAAGGAUUACGGCCCGCAGCCAGUGCCGAUGGCAGAGUACUUCGUGCCGCCCGCCCCACCGCCCCCGCCACCCGUCAUCCCCUCCGCACAGACCGCCUUCGACAGCCCCAUCUCGGCUCCCCCCGCGCUGGCCCCCGGCUCAGCUGCCCCCCCAUCCUAUGCGCCCUCACCGCCCCCCGCACCCCCCGGCCCCUACUCCGCUUCCCCGCCACAGGCCGGCCCCAUGGGACCCCCGGUGGCACCCCCACCACCGCCGCCAGGGCCCCCCGCUGUCACUGCCUCACCGGCACACUCGGCAUCGCCACCGGCCCCUGCCAUGGAGCCACGGAAGCCACAGAUCCCGCUGAUGCCCAUGAGCGAUGCCCGGAGCGACCUGCUGGCAGCCAUCCGCAGGGGAAUCCAACUCCGGAAAGUCCAGGAGCAAUGGGAACAAGAGGCCAAAAAAGAGCCUGUGGGCAACGACGUGGCGACAAUCCUGUCCCGCCGGAUCGCGGUGGAGUACAGCGAGUCCGACGACGACUCCGAGCUGGACGAUAACGAGUGGUCAGACUGAGGGGCCCCAGGGCUGUGCUGGCACGGAGCUCCCCGGCUCCGUCCCAGGUGUGUAUAGGCGCCUUCCCCAACCCUCAAUGCCAACAAACGCGGGCGGCCCCGCUCAUUCAGGAGCUUUGCUUUUACACCAUGUUGAAAACCCUUCGGGCAGCAGCAGCACUGGUAGGAUACACCUCAGAGGCAGUGAGACCAGAAAUUAGCAGCACCUUCACAUUUAAUGACUUCAAAAAUGCUCUGUAGGCAGGUUAAUAGGAUUACUCCAGAUUUACACCUGGAGCAAGACCAGAGACUGGCCCUGAGUGUGCUUUGCUAGAGAAGGGAAAUCCAGAGGCAGAAGUACUUUUUCAGCUAGAUGUUAAACGUGUCAAUGAGAAGCUCCUGGAGAAGAAGGCUGGUUGCACAGCUGGGGUCACCAUGGGCAUGCAGGGAUGGCCGCGCACUGGGUUUGGGGAUGCUCUGCUGCAAUGGGCAGCUCCAAAGGCUCCUUCCCCAUAGAGCGAUGCACUGUGUUUUGCCGCGGUUGCAUAGGGAUGGUCACCAUCAUGCUGUUGCUCCUUGGAGAAGACCGAGGCGUUGGUGACCUGAGCCGGUUUCCAUCCUUAGGACCUUUUCUGGGAGAAGAGCAUGGAGGCAAGGCUUGUGCAGCUGGCAGGGAGACACAGCGCUUGUCCGGGCUUUGAAAUGUGCAAUAUGUGCUGUCCUUUGGGUGAAAAGGGUUGCCAGCACGGGAACAGAGUUGUCCAGGGAGCUUCCCCAAGCCCAGCUCUCCUUGGCCUUAGUGCUACACCAUUCCAGCGUUAUUUGAAAAAAAAAAUUAAUUAAACAAAAUGCAGAGUAAGGAGGUGGGAAAUACUGAAAGUAUCACAAUCAGGAGUUAGAGCCUGCAGAGGGCUGGGAGAGGUUCCCCACCAGCAGAAAAUGGGCCAGGGCCAGGACUAGCCAUAGACUUGCCUGACAUGGUGUACCAAGGUCCUCUCUUGUGUUCCCACAUACCACAAGUCCCUGAAUGGGGGGAAACCAAGUCCUCAUGUUGCAUCUCUUCUGGGGAAAAGAUGGGCUCUGAGUCCACCUCCCCAGUCAACCCAGUAGCCACAUAGGUGAUGGCUACAGAAGUAGUAUUUUGACUAUCUAGGAGUGACCAGACCUGUAAAGGAGGUGGGAGGGUAUGGCUUGGACCCAAAACACUCAAAGGCUGAUACUUAAAUUCACCCUGAGAAAUGCUGAUGUUGAAUGAUGGCCCUACUAUCUGCUCAUUUUCCCCCUGGUGAGUGAGAAACCCUUCGUGGUGAGAUGAGAUGAACCCCCUGCCCAGCUGCUGAGAAACAUCCCCAGGAGCCCUCCCUUCUCUUGACUGACCAAAAUGGUCUCUUGUCCCUUGGAAGUGACACCUCCCACACCUCCGCAUCCGUGGUGCUGAGCAGGGGCCUUGAACGAGGGGCAGUGUGGAUGCAGGAGAGGGCAAGGGUGGUUGGGGAAGGGUUUAGGGGACGGUGCCCUGCUGUGGGCCACAUCCUUGGGUUUGGUCCCCUUUCCUCCCUUUCCUUAGGGAAAGCUCCCCUUGACUUCAGCAGGGCUGACUGUUGGAGAAGGAGCUGCAAAUAAAAUCCUUGGAUUUAACCCCAGAAUUCCCCAUCCUGGCACCACUGAUGCCGUUUAAGCUGCUCAGGCGCUUGUCCCGUUUCGCCUGUUGAGGGGCAGCCUCUCCCAACGCAAAGAAGACCCGGCAGUUUGGGAUUAGCUCUAUGGAUCAAUCCUGGUUCCCAGGUCAUCCUCCCCAGGGGCUGGCAGGGAGGCUCCGUGCCUCCCGUUUCACGAGCUCCCACUGCAGGCAGGCAGGGCAGCGCAGGCAAGAAGCAGCAGAGCAACAGCACACGUGGAACAGCUCAUCUGCAAAACCCGAGGAAACAGGACUGGCCAAAGGAGGCAGGGAGACACGGUGUCCUGCAGGUGACCAGGAAAUUCCUGAUGCUUGGUGCUCUCCCAACAGCUCUCGUUUCUGAUGUCAACCCUCUGAGAUGCAGAGAACCAGCUGCAAAAGCUUUUGGCCCAGGCAGAGAGCCCCAGUGGUGCCCACAACGGGCUUUCCUUGGCAAGGCAGCUGGGGUCUGACCUGGAGCAAGUUCAGAAGAAAGGCUUGUAGAAAUUCAGGGCAACAUUUAAGAGUCGCCUGGUAGUAUUUGUUGCGGAGAGUUAUUAAUACAGAUGCAAUCGUGGUACUGUUUGUAUGUGAAGAGAAAUUGGGUUUAUGUGGGUAUUUUAGGAAGAGUAACAACUUUUUGCGAGAGAGAGUAGCAGAGGGCUGGCGGAGCUACUGCUACCUGUUGUGGUGGUCGAAGGGCUGCAGAGUCAGCUGUGGGGACCCAGGUGGGGCUUGGGCAGAGCCGGGGUGGGGGGUCCCACCAGCACGUGAAGGCAGGGAAGGGACUUUGGGACAUGCAGGGUUGGCUCAUCCCUUGGGUCUGUGAGUGUCCCAAUUCUGGGAAGCUGAGCUGAUCCUGGUGGGAACUGGAGAGGAGCUGAGUGCCCCUAAAAGGCUGGGUCCCUUCUUUUCAUGCACUAGUUGCAUUAUGUGUGUCACAUGAAACUGUGAUAAUUCUGGUGGGACUCCAUUGGUGUGCCAGGAUUGUCCCUGUAGCCUCCGUGCCACCUCACAGCAACUUUGCCAUGGUUGGGAUUGGCAGCAGGCAGUCAACUCAUGCUACUAUCAGGGUCAAUGCCUUUGCAUGGCAAAAUGCUCAAUAGUCACGUAACUCAACCUUGCCUGCCCUGUACAUGGGCCACAUCUGCAGAGCAGAUGCACAUCUGGGAGUCUCAGGGGUGCAGGGAGCGAGGCUUACCCCGAUUUCCUCGUGCUUUUACAUUCUUACACCAUCCUCUUCUCCUGGGACAUCUCAGCACAUCCUCACUGUUUACCGUCUGCUUAAGGAAAGGCCCCGGUGACACAAGCCCAUUUCACAUGCUCAACUCCAAAGCAAAUCAGCAGGACCAUAACCUCCUGGCAUUGCCCACUGCUUGAAGACAUCAUGACCCAGCUCUUCCAGGGAUCUGAACGGCCGUGACCCCAGUGAGAUGUCUACAUCAGAGCUCAUUGCUCAGUUCUUGCGUAGCCAGUGGAGAAGUAACCUGUAUAGUCAGCGUGGGCUGUAGACACCCAUUUCUGGUCUGAUCAUGGUGCCUCUUGCUCUUCCCAGCUCUUUCCUGGCAGCACCACAAGGCGGACAAGCGCAUGGUGGCUCCGAGAGCCCCAAUCUCACGAUACAGCCAUUCCUGCAAGGCCAGUUCUGCUGGUAGGCCAACAUCCUCAGUGCCUUUGCUUGAGGGACUCAGACACGUUUGAGGAUGACCAUCUUUAUUUUAGGUGCAUUCAUCUAUUUUUUUUUGCCCAGGUGACCUAUGAAAUCUAAGACAAGUGACACCCACUCCUUGGUUGGUCUGGGCUGGGUUAGCUCUGCUGGAAUUGGUUGGGCCAUACUAAUGAACACCAGCGGGCUGACCCAUAUGCUGCCUACUCAAUAUUUUGUACAUAUGUGCCUAUUUCCUUAUACUCUUCCAAAAGUAGGCCAUGCUGCGUUACACAAUCUGAAAUGCUCAAAUCCCCAUGUGGGCUGAUAUAAAAGUGAAUAUUUAAAUAUUUUAUCUAGCUUGUCAGCCAUUAAAAAUACAAUUCAGGUCACAGAUGAUUGAAUUUCUCCUCUCUCAAGUGUACCAGAAGUGGGCUGAGGAGAUUCUCCUGUACAUUAAGGUAUCAUGUUCCAUGUUAAAAUAUAGCAGUGGCAUUUCAUUGCCAACAGAUAAUCACAGAGUGCCAAACGUUUAAUGAGCCCAACCGAUCUCCUGAGAGUUCCUCUUUCCAUUUUAUCUGCUUUCUCCUACUUGCCAGUUUAUGGGCAUAGAUUAAAAAUAAUAAAUAAGUCUGCCAACAGGGGGAAGUAUAUUCUGUGCGCACACAAAUGAAUCGGGCCGGAGUCAGCAGAAGAGUAAAUAAUCCGGUUUGGUUCUGCUUAGAGAUAUUAAUGGAAGGGUAUAGUCCUUGAGGUCUAUCAGGAACCUUCUGUACACCUCCGAUUUGUCCGAAAAGGGACAUUAUGGGGACCACUGUGCCCAUGGAACACCAGUCAUUGCCUGUGAGGGUUACAUCAGGUGUGAAGUCUGGUCUUGCUCAAGUUUCAUGAAGGUUGGUGCAAGUCUAGCAGUGUUGACAUUCCAGUGUUUCACCCUCACUGUCUCCUUGAUUUUGAGUGAACGCUGGAGCUAGCUGUUGACUCUGGUGGGUCUUAGAGGAUCAGUGUCCUGAAGGAAGAAGGAGGGAUUGGGUGGUUUCUGAUUUUCCACCCUGGGCAGACACAUAGGGAGGAGGAAGCAUCACAUCCUAUGAGAGCUCCUGCUUCCGCAGAUAUUUUAUCCUGGGAAGGUUUUAUUCUGGUGACAAACAUAAGGUGGAACACAGGUUCUCCAGACAGCUCCCUUCACAUGAGAGCCCUCGAGUUUCUCCCAGCAGUUUUUCCAUCUCUGUCGCCCUUUCAAGACACCCAACAGCCUGAACUGAAGCUUUGCAGACUCCCCUGGGAACAGAGCCUGAAUUAACACCUCAGCUUUGACGAUAAAUGGAAGUUUCACUUAGAGGGAGGCAGGUGGAGGUGGUAUUUUGGAGGGUGCUUUCCAGGUGCACCAUGCCAUUUCCUUGUGGAUGGACCAUGGGAAGCGUUCCCCAUCAUGGGAUGCUGGCAAGGGGAGCACAGGCUGUUCCUUUUGCCAUGAUUCUUGUUUUCCUGUAGUAGUAGUUGUUAUUUAGGGGUAAGGUUUUCUCAGCUGGUAUGUCACUUUACAGAUAAAAAAAUAAAAGUAAGGGCAAGGACUCUGUCCUGAGGAGUUUACAGUUUACAGCAAAGACCAUAUAACCUGCACUGCACUUUAGAAGCCUGAAACGCUCACUCACCCAUGAAUUUACCCUCCACUGGGCAGCAGCACCUGGAAGGCUGUUGUCCCUUCCUUAGGUGAUGCCACGACCAGCACCACAACUGCAUCCCCCUGCUGGUGGCAGCAGUGGGGCUUUCCUGUCUCUCCACUAUCCCCAUGGAAAAGUGCCUAAGCAAAGUACUGGAGCACCAAGACGUGCUGGUUUUGUCUCUGAACAGGUCACCAUGCCCUCAAGGUGGACAUUUUCCAGUCCCCAGACAGCUGUGCUCCUCUGGGAUGACCGUGCAUGCGAUAAGAAACAUUAGCUGUACCACUGCAGCUACCUUCCAACACUUGGAGCUGCCCAUGCAAUUCAUUUGAUGGCCUCUAAGCUCAUAGAAAGUGUCCUCCUUCAGGCGAUUAUACCCAAGCCUAGACUUUGAAGUAUUGCUAUCUUUUAGAGAGUCAAAGGGGUUGGGUUUUUUUGGUGAAUCUCAUCUUCCUUUACCAAACCCCAAGUUUUCUAGGGUCACUCUCUCAAGCUCUGCUUUCUCCAGGUGAGAUUAGUGCCUGCGUUUUGCUGGGGGAGGCAAGGAGAAGAAAAAAAACACAGUCAAGAAGUUCAGUGAGAGGUUUGCCCCAAAGCCUUCAGUGCUGUGCCCACAGGCAGGGUGGGAGGAGGACACCAUCCUGAUGGUGUCACUAGGCUGAGGGAGAGCCUGAAGCGAGAGAUGGGCUCUUGCUGCGGCAAAUCCCCAGGCAAGACCUGGAUGAGACGUGGUGUCCCCUGAAGGCAACGUUGAUGUGACAUCGUCAGUAUUAAUGUCUGUCUUACAUUGGUACAGGGCCCUGAGGCCACAGACAUCUCCAUAGCACUACAUGAUGGUAGAUCACUGAUGCUUCACCCUCCCACAGGCAUCUCUCCUAAUAGAUACCUUCCCACAGGUGUCACCUUCAGAGCAGCACCCGAAGGUCUCUCUGUAGUCCUUUGCUCUUAGCAGGAACAGGCUUAAAUCUGCUGUUGGUCAUUGUGUCUGGGGGCUUGUGAGCCCAAGUGUGCGAGAAAUGAGCCUCUCCCUGCACGCCUCUCCCACGGUGGCAAUACAAGGGGACUGGCUUGGCCCUGGGGGACUUUCAGCCCAACGGCAGUUCCAGCACUUAGCUGUGUAGAAAGCAUUAAGAGUGCAGAGAGGAGGAAACAAAAUAGAAAGAAAAUAAUUUUAGGUUAAUUGUGUUCCCACCACUCUGUACAGGAAGAACCUCAGGUAAGUAAAACCAGCUGCAAAGCCACAAAGGGCAGUGGGGAGGAUAAACCUGUUCUCCGUGUGUGUUGGACUAAAGUGCAAGGCAUGGGAUUGAGUAGUGGCAGAAAGGAGUUGAAUUAGAUCUCAGGGAAAGUUUUCUCAAGGUGAGGAUGGAGAAACUCUGAAACAGGUCUCAGAGGCUCUACCAUGGGAGGUCUUUGAGAAGCGCGUCGGCAAACACCAGGGAGGACCAUCAUAUGGACCCUGCAUUGGGCCAGGGGAUGGUGGAGGUGCAUGAAGGACAUCUCUUCAAACCUGGCAUGUUUGUACUUCUGCCUCAUCCCCUCCUUCAGGCUUGCAGCACCUCUACUUGUAGUUCUGUCCCAGCAGGUUACCACCCCAAAGCAUUGCCCAUGAGCCAGAGCAGCCUGUCUGUGUGCUCCCUUAGCUCUGCUGCCCCUCUUCUGGUUUUGGUGUUGACCCUCAAAUACAAAAGAGAUAACGCACACUGCGGAAUAGACACCCAAGAGGGAAAGAUGUGAACUAACCGCAGAAAACCACAACACACAGCCAUUACUGCUGUAUUUCAAUAGUUAGAAAACAGCAGUUCCAGCAACCCGCUCCUCCAGACCAUUCAUGGUCCACAGACUGCACUGUAUAAACCACGCUGAUACAUUUAGGUCAACCAUGUAAAAGUUACCCUUUGAUUUGGGGGUAGCUCCGCUGAGGAAUCUAAAAAGAAACAAUCACCACCACCCCAAAAGAAUAACAAACACACAAAGAAACAACUCACGUGAUUUCCAGAAGGAAAAGCCGUUCUGUCUCCUUCCCCUGGACGUUGAAGGAAGGUCAGACCCAGCAUUGCUUCCCAGCUAGCCACCAAAAAAUGGAACAGCUGUCACCACAACCACUUUCAAAAGUUACUUCCUAAGAAACUUGCCGCUUGCUAAGAAAAAGCGAGCCACACAUCACCCCACAGUGCAACAAAGAGAGGGGGCUCCAGCACCGUAGGAGGUGUUUUUCUUCCUGAAGGCCCCACCCCAGCUCAAGUGUUUCAAAGCCCAUUGAUUUUCACCUGUUACUGGUGCUUGUGUGUGCCUGAUGUCUCAGCUGGGAACACUUACUCCAUAGAAAGCCACUUCUUACAUUGAAAAAAACAAUCAUAAAAACCUUGCAUUAGAAACAAAGUGGACUUUGGGCCUAAUGAUGUUACGGUGAUGCACGUUGAGGAGUUGUUGAUUUCUUGCUGGCAGCUGGAGCAUCUUUGGCACAGUUCUGCCAGGUCUCCACAUACUGGAUACUGUUAGGAGCAUCAACACCCCCCCUCACCACCACCAAAGUUAUUUUUAUACUGACAUGUUUCAUGUCUACCUUUAGUUCUGGCCAGUUUUCCAGAAAUGGGGCCUCUCUUUGUGGUGCCUUUCAUCUCAGAUCAGACAAGAUUAGGAAAAACAAAGAAAAAAACCCCUUUUUUUUCUCCAAAAUGCAUUUUUAGGAGUGCGCCGGGGCUGAUGGCUCCCCAUCUUAAUAGACUUCCUUCAUUUUGGGGCUGCUUGACUUGUCCAGGGGAAUGCAAAACAGGAUAUUCUGGCAUGAGUUUGGGUUGAUGCUGAAGCGUUGCUGGCACUUUCCUCCCCUCUGGUUUCGGCUGUGCUGUGUCACGCGUCGGGCUCGGGUUUCGUGUUCGUGUUGGGAGAGCAGCGGCGUGACAGCUCCUUGCUGACAUAAGUGCCUUUUCUGGAGGUCCCCAUUGCAUCGAUGAGGAGCACGGGGCUCCACGGGGUGGGUGUGCUCCCCCAGCUGGGAUAGGGCAGAGCAUUUCCAAGUAUUCCUGAUGCUUAGCCUGUCCUCACCUGGGUGGAAACCUGGACCCACCCAGACCCCGAGGUAUGUGCUGGGAUUCCUUCUUCCUUGCGCAGGUGUAGUUUUGGGAGCAGCUUUUACUCCCAUCUUGGCCAACCCAAGGAAAUCCUGGUCCGGCAACCACACGUGUCUGGGUGCACAUGCAAACGUUGCACCUUCGGCACAGGGACAGUCCCCCAAGAGGACACAGUGGGCAUGUAGGGAGGGGACAAACCCUGUCGCAACUUUGCUGUGGGACACGCACGUGCUGGUGGGUUCGCUCCAGUGUAUGUGCAUUGUGGGACAAGUGUGCAGGCUGGAGAGCCUUCCUCCUCCUUCUCCUCUUCUUCUUCCUCCUCCUGACCCAUCUCAGUGCUGUUGGGGCAAUGCCAGCUGCAGUGGCAGGACAGGAGCCAUCUCGCUGCCAGGUUUCCAUCACCCUCAGAGUGAGUAGAAGCACAGGCACCUCUGGGUGAGGCCAGGCGCUGCAGGAGCAUUAUUUUGGGGGGCACUGAAGGCAGGCGAAGAUCGUCUCCUGUGCCCUGGACCCAGCAGCCCGGGGAUCAAGGCUAGCCCAGGCUGGGCUGGGAGCACCUCAGACGGCCCAAACCCACCCUGCAGUACCCAAACUCAGCAGCUACGAACGAGGGAGACCUCCCGGAGCACUGGGGUAACUGAUCCUCCUGAAAUAGAGCAUCCGUGAGCGGCCAGCUUGAGACAAGCAUUUUAACAGCAGUUUUUUCCCCUUUUGGUACUGGCAAUUCAUAUGUACAGCCUGGAGCCAGGGCUGGGGUCGGUCUUUACAGAGGUUGGCUCCAGCUCUGCAGGGGUGGCACAGUGGGGACAGGGGGGUGCCAGCCUGAUGGUUGGCUUCCCAGGGUGCUCAGCAUCAGUGGGGCUGCCCUGAUGCUGCUGCAAAAGGCUCCUUUUUUUAAUACCGGCAGAAGUAUUACCUGUAUUUCCUUCAACUUGCCUUUUGAUAGAAGCAGCUGAUGGGAGACAGGCGUCUCUCCCGAGGGAGGGUCACCCGUUACAGGCCAUAACUUGAUUUCCAUUAUUAUAUAGUUGACAUUAAAAAAAGAAGGAGAUGUUCACUGUCUAAUGGGGUCUUUUAACCAUGUGCACUUAGUCAAUAGGUGAGUAGAUGUUGCUGCUUGUGUCUAUCUACCGUCCCCAGUUGCUACGUGUGAACAAGUGUAUUUCUCCCCAGUGUUGUGGGUUCUGCCUGUCGUGACACGAUGACGGAAAGGUAGGGACUACGUCGGUCGCAACACGAGCUUUCUUCUGUACAGGGUAGAGAGGAAACCUGGAACGAUCCGAAGCACCGCUUGUAACUACAUUUGUUCAAAAAAAAUGUCAUCUUUAUCCCGAACUGUUGACACUUUAUGCAUGUGGUAAUAAUUUAAAAAAAAAAAAAAAUAAAGAUUUUA